AUGCGGCCAGAGGCAAAAGAUUCGGACGUGGCGCGAGAGGCGUGGUACGUGCGAGCGAUUUUGACCGCUGAUGUGUACGAUGUCGCGAUCGAGUCCCCGCUUGAGCUCGCCCCGCGAUUGAGCGAUCGGGUCGGGGCGCAAAUUUAUCUCAAACGAGAAGACUUGCAGCCGGUGUUUUCGUUUAAGAUUCGAGGGGCGUACAAUAAGAUGAAGCAAUUGACGGAAGAAGAGCGAGCGAGAGGGGUCAUUACGUCCAGUGCGGGGAACCACGCGCAGGGGGUGGCGCUUUCAGGGCAAAAGCUGAACUGUAAGGCGAUCAUCGCCAUGCCGGUGACGACGCCCGCCAUCAAAGUGGAGGCGGUUCGUCGACUCGGUGGGACGGUGGAAUUGGUCGGGGAAAACUACGACGCCACCCAGGCGUACGCGAAAGAGCGCGCCGCGGCGGAAGGCCUGACAUAUAUUCCCCCGUUUGAUGAUCCUUACGUCAUAGCGGGUCAGGGCACCGUGGGCGUAGAGGUUAUGCGUCAGUUGCCCUCGGCGGAAAUCAUCUUUGUGCCCAUCGGCGGCGGCGGGCUCGCGGCGGGCAUGGUGGCGUACAUCAAGGCUAUUCGACCCGAAAUUCGCGUGAUUGGUGUUGAACCAGCGGGCGCAAACGCGAUGACUUUAUCUUUGGCUCGCGGUGAGAUUGUGAAGUUGUCGAAAGUGGACGGCUUUGCCGACGGCGUCGCAGUUCGUGAGCCAGGGCGCGAUUGCUUUGAGAUUAUUCAAACCAUGAUUGACGGUAUCAUCACCGUGAAAACGGAUCAAAUCGCUUCCGCGAUCAAAGACGUAUUCGGUGACACUCGUUCGAUCCUCGAACCAGCGGGUGCAGUCGCAGUGGCUGGCGCCAAGGCGUAUUGCCAAGCGCACGGCGUCACCGGUAAAGUCAUCGCCGUGACAUCGGGGGCGAACAUGAACUUUGAUCGUCUUCGCGUGAUUUCUGAGAUCGCAGAUCAAGGGGGUAAGGAAGAAGCCACACUUUUGAGUAUCAUUCCCGAGAAGAAUGGCGAAUUCAAGCGAUUUGUGGAGACCGUCGGGGAUAUCAAUAUUUCAGAAUUUAAAUAUCGCGUGCAAGGGGCGGACGCGCGCGUGCUGUACUCGAUCGAGGUUUCCGAUUUAAAGGACGUUCAGAACACGAUGCAGCGGAUGGAAGCGUUAGGUUUCAAGACGGUCGACUUGUCUAACGAUGCGACGACGCAAUUUCACCUUCGCCACAUGACUGGUGGGCAAGGCAGAGUUGAAAACGAAAGGUUGUACAAGGUUGAAAUUCCCGAACGCGCGGGCGCGCUCGGAAACUUCCUCGAGUUCAUCAGUCCUAAGUGGUCGAUCUCAAUGACGCAUUACCGCAACGACGGUGGUCGCGUCGGUCAGGUUCUUUUCGGCGUGCAAGUCGCUGAAGAAGAACGCGAGGUGUUUGAGGAGUGCUUAGACGGCUGCGGGUACAAGUACGACGACAUGAGUUCGAACAUCGCCUUCAAAACUCUCUUCGGGUGA